AUGCGAAAGAAUUCCGAGCAGGUAACAGCAACUUCAGUCUCCACCGCUGAGGAGCUGUCCUUCAACCAUGUCUGCCAACUACUCCAAGGAGUCGAGAACAUCGUCAAGACCAAGACCAUCACCUCCGGAACACCAAACGACAAAGAAGAAAAGAAGGUCCGAAACUUUAUAGCUGGCUGGUUCGCCGAACACCGGAAAGCCAUCGACCAUCCGUCAACAGAUGGCGGAGCCUUCCUCUCCAUAGUCUUCCCUCAUCAUCGGAAAGACAGAGUCCACGGAUUCAAAACACCGUCACUUGCCCGGAAAAUCGCAAACUUACUUCAAUUCAACAAUGCCCAGAGACUGGUAUACGACAGGUGGGAGCAGAGCAAGGACGGGGACUUGGGCGUCUACGUGGAGAGGGCAAUGCGGCCAUGGGACAAUACCUGGAAAAACAAGAAACCGAUCUCUAUAAGUCGAGUUGACCGACUUCUCGUGCAGCUAGCUGCGAAGUGUAGGUUCUCAGACAUUGCGACACGACGGAAGAAGCAAAAGGAGUUUUCCACGGAUACUGAGCUCAAGAAUAUCUUCAUUCAGCUUGAAUCAUGGGAGGCAAAGUGGUUUGUAAGGCUCAUUUUGCGGGAUCACUGCACGUUGAAUCUCAACGAGACGUUUGUGUUUGGCAGAUACCACUUCCUACUCCCACUUCUGCUGAAGUUUCAGAAUGACUUUGGUGCAGCUUUCAGCUUACUCAGGAGUGAACUCAAGGAAUAUCCUCCUGUGCCUCCGAGUAAUGACGAGCAACGGAUGCGUCUGGAAGCUGCGUGGAAACUGAGGCCUGUAGUGGGCGUGAAAAUAGGCCGUCCGCCCUUCUACAAAGCAUGGUCGUUCAAGCAUUGUUUCGAUAUGCUGAACCAGCAAGCAUGGGCAGCCGAAAUCAAAUACGACGGCGAGUACUGCGAGAUACACGUUAAUCUAGAUGACGAGAAAACCCCCAUUCAAAUCUUCUCAAAGAACGGCAAAGACGCCACCAACGACCGCAAAGCCCUUUGUAGGGUCAUUCGCUCCGCCCUCAGGCUCGGCCAGACAACCUGCAGAAUCCGCAGAAACUGCGUUAUCCUCGGCGAAAUGGUCCUCUACAGUGACAAAGAACGCAAGAUCCUACCAUUCUCCAAGAUUCGAAAGCACAUUUCACGCUCCGGCAUGACCUUCGGGGCGAAGCAGGACUCGCUGCCCCACGAGUGGGAGCACCUCAUGAUUGUCUUCUUCGACGUCCUCGUCCUCGACGACGAUCCGGUGCUUCGGAAGACCCUCCAGGAUCGCCGGAACGUCCUGCGGGACCUGGUCGAUACCAUACCUGGGCGAUCCAUGCGAUCACAAUGGACGCUCCUAGACUUCAAGAAAUCCAGCGAUGGGAUGACAGAUCUAAAGCAAGCAUUCGCCCUGGCACUCGCACAGCGGCAAGAAGGACUCGUCCUCAAACCACUCCAUUCACCAUACUUCCCCAUGCACACGGGGAUACAAGAUCGCCGCCCCGGAUUCUUCAUCAAGAUGAAGAAAGACUACCUAGCCGACAUGGGCGGCUCGCGCGACCUCGGAGACUUCGCCAUCGUCGGCGCGAGCUACAAUCCCCAAAUCGCCGCCAAAUCGCACGUGAGGCCUUUACACUGGACGCAUUUCCACCUCGGAUGCUUGAAAAACAAAGCAUCACUACACCACACGGGCGUGAAGCCACUGUUCAAAAUCGUCGGCGUGCUUAGCCUCGAACACUGUAUACCAAAGCACGACCUGCGCUACCUGAACAUCCACGGCCGGCUGCGAGAGCGCCAACUCGACGACGAAGGGUGCACGGAGGAGUUCGACUUCGAGGAGUCGAAUGGCUUUGACGCGCAGAUGUCUGUGGCGUUCAAGCAGCCGUUUGUCGCGGAGAUUCUGGGCGGCGGGUACGAGACGGUGCAGAACGAGACGUUCGAGAUGCUGCGGCACCCGCGGCUCAAGAAGAUCCACUCGGAUCGGACGUGGGAGGAUGCUGUGACCAUGGAAGAUCUGGAAGCGUUGGCGAGCGAGAAGUGGUGUGUCCCUGAUCACACUGAACUAUCUGGCCACGCGAGAGAUGUUGCGCUGUUGAUGAGACGAUACGUUGGGAGGCAAGACUCAACCACCACCGCAGCGACACUGACAUCCUCGGCGAUGAAAUCAGGAGGGCCACCAAACUACCAAACCACUCCUAGCAUCUCAGAAACCGACCCCUCCCUCCCCUCUCAAAGCAACACCACAUCCAGCACAAGCAACGCAACACAAUGCACAAGCAGCACCCGAGAGGAAGCUGGACGUCUCGAUUAUUACGCCCCCGCCUUUGCAGAGGAAGAAGGCGAGGGUGCCGUUGGAGGUUACGGAUUCGAAUGA